UUUGUUGUCGUAAACACGCCGAACAAAAUAACAUUCUCAUAUAUCAGUAACAGCUAGACCACAGUGGUUGUUUGCUCUAAAUUUAUUGCUGGUUAAAAUUUAUGUUUUUUUAGAUUUAUGAUUAAAUUUCUCAGUUUUAUUCGUUACAGUUCCUGAGUGUUACAUAAAAAUUAGGCAUAAUUCAAAAUAAGUGUUCUGGUAUGGCCUACAAUUGUACUGUAUGUGUUUUCCGCGGUUCGAUUAAGUCCGGGGGUUAUCAGUGUGUAUAUUGUGGUAAUAGUUUGACCGAUGCGGGUCCUUCAAAUUCCGUUGGGGAAAAGGCAGCUUCAGAAAAUGAACUGCCAAGAUCUGGUUCGGAAAAAUGGAUUUUCCGUUGUACCUUUUGCAACCAGGACUACGUCAAUAGAGAAGGAUUGUGGAAUCAUCUGGAUUGCCAUGAUAUUGCAGACGUCGGUAAAUCAUUGCAUUGUAAGGAAAUCAUAGUGUGCUACGAUUUACAUGAAUGUCUAAUAUGCAAUGAUAAACGAGGCUACAGUGAAGAUAUCUUCAGUGUGCACAUCCAAGAAGCUCACAAUGGUUUCUAUUUUCGGUGUUCGUCUUGCAACGAGCAAUUUCGAUCAGAAGAGCAGAAAUCUGAACAUGUCUCGAAUCGCUGCAAGGUGGCCUGUGGCCCGAAUAUGGAUACUGCUGUGAAUGAUGAUAGUCGGCAACAUGCGAACGUAACCAGCCAAAGUGAAGUUUCAACAAAUGGAAACAUUCUUCCCGUAGAUGGUGAAAGUACGGCACAGUUGCCCAAACAUCUGCGUCCUCGCAUUCCGCACCCUAAUAAAGCUAGGCGUAGGCCAAAACGUUUAACUAUAGCGGCCGAUACGGGUGCACAACACUUUAUCACAUCAUUUGAAAUGUUCUGCCGAAGAAGAUCAGCCAUAGCCGAGCAGCUAGAGAAUAUCAUUGCUAAGACGGAGGACAAGAAAAUAAAUUGGGAGGAAGUCAUUUCAAGCAUCGUUACCGGCCAGAUUAGUUUAUCCGAAGCGAGCGACCAUUAUAGCAUACCUCACUCCACACUGAAAGAGAGAAUUCUUGGAACGGGUGAUCCUUCAGAUCUUCUACAUACAACACCUCUCAGCCCUGAUGAAGAAGAGAAAAUUCUGAAAUUCUGCACAGGUGCUCCCGUGGAAUAUACCCAGAGGAAAGCGGUUAUCCAACCUUUAGAAACGGUAUGGACGUUUUUGAAGCGCUUCCAGAGUUUUCGACAAAAGUCUGACCAGUUCUGUUUUGGCGGAUUACUUUUCUUUCGGUGGUGGUGGGCUUUCUGUCGCAAACAUGAUAUUGACUGCGGGCCGCCAAAGCUCGCGACUAGCGACGAUAGUGACAAUCUGAACGAAGCCAUACCCAGCGCCGAUGAUGUGAAAAUCGCCGAGUUGCAGAUGGUCAUUUCUGUUGUUGUUACCGGCCGGUUGACUGUUGCAGAAGCAAGUUCCCGCUAUGGCAUACCCUAUGUCACGCUGUACAAUAGCGUUCUUGGCCAUCAGAAUCGUAUGGGCGUUCUUCAGAAAAUUACUCUCAGUCGCGAGGAAGAGGACCAAAUCAUGAAAUAUUGCGUGAAACCUCUACCGGGACGUAAGGCGAAGAAAGGAAUUACUCAACCGUUGGAGAAGAUAUGGGAGUUUUUGAACUGUUUGAAGAGUUUCCAUGAAAAGGCCGAUGAGUUCAGAUUUGGCGAAGUGUCAUUCUAUCGGUGGUGGUGGGCUUUCUGUCGCCACCAUAACAUCGAUGUCCACCCAUCGAAACACGUGACUAGAGUCAAUAGUGAAAGUCCCAGUGUAGAUGUCGCAACAACUCUUGACGAUAGUGAAACUCCCAUUGUAGAUGAUGGAACAAAUCGCGUCAACGAAGAUGACAGCACCAUACCUUCGUGGACACGAAUGGCAGAGUUGAAGGAGGCCAUCUUUGAUAUUGUUACCGGUCAGCUGAGUUUCCCCGAGGCAAGUUCGCAGUAUAACCUGUCCGAGCACACGCUAUACAGUAGGAUUCUUGGCCAGACUGAUCGCAUGGCUGUGCUACAGGAAGUUUCUCUCAGCAUCGAGGAAGAGGACAAAAUUCUGCGAUUAUGCACGACAAUUCCACCGGAAUGUACAGCGAAGCGAAUAAUCACCCAACCAUUGGAAACGAUAUGGGAUUUUAUGCACCACCUGGGGGAUUUUCGAGAAAAGGCAGAUCAGUUCAGGUUUGGCGGAAUAGCUUUCUAUCGAUGGUUUUGGGCUUUCUGCCAGAAGCACAAUGUCGAUGAGCGGCUACCAAAGCAAGAAACGAAUUGAUUUGUUUUAUUAACAGAACGUGGAG